CCGUCCUUCACACCAUCUGCACCAUCAUCGUCAUCAUCGUCAUCGUCCUCUUCAUCAUCACUGCCACCUUCACCUGUCGUCAGCUCUCCCAGCUUAGUGUGUCUGAUGUGCAGCUUAUCUAAGCAAAGCGCUGAUCUUCAAAGAAGUGAAUUUGUGGCAGGUUCUGAGGAUGACUUGGGAAGGCCACUGGCUGAGGCAUUGGCGAAUGUUCACUAUAACAUCAUCCUCAUGGGAUGCAGAUAUCCCCAGGCUGUGGAAGAUCGUGUGAGACAAUGGAAGCCAACUACAUGGGAGAGUGUGACAGCUUGUAAAGGAAGAUCAGCGCCAACACCCGUGCCACGUCGAGAAAGCAAAGCGGUAGUAGUAGAGCUAGAAGUCAGCGCGGCUGCAGUGGCCAAUGAUGUGCCUGUCGACGCGGCCGAUUGCCAUAGCAUAAACAGCACUACUGCUGCUGCUGCUGCUGCUGCUGCUGCUACUACGACUCCUGAUGGGGCUACGUUCCCGCCCAGAUUACUGUCCCUGGCGCAGAGGAUGCGAAUGCGUGCCUGUGAGAACGAGCAACUGUAUGUGGCCAAAUUAAAUGAUGCGGGUCAACUGUCGCGAGUGGUCGUUGACUAUGUGACUAGUGAGAUGGACUCGGCUGGUAUGCAUAGCGUGAGUGUAGUCAUUGAUUCCGUGCACGUGGCACGCGGUUCUGCACCGCAGAAGAAAUCCGCAAAGCACCUGGCGGCCAAGAACGCGUUUGAGCGCUUGCGUGCAGCUCAGCAGUCGCUCGGAAUCGCGGUAGUUCCUUCGGGCAUGCAGGUGAUCAAGGAGGCAAAGUCUCACAUUGACCACGCUGAUCUAGUAAGUAAAACGUAUCAUGAUGCAGACAAGGUCAGUGAGAACAGCAAAGGAAGCAUGCUGCUGAAGAAAAUGGGCUACAGUGGAACGGGCGGUCUUGGGAAAGAUGGCCAGGGCCGUGCCGAGCCCGUCAUUGAGACAGGCACAUCAGGUACCGGUCAUCGUCACGGUAUUGGCGCUAUGGAGGAAGGUGACCUAGACAAAACACGCAUUGAGCACCUACUGCGCGAUUUCCUGUCCUCAGACGAGGAGUCGCUUGUGUUCGGCAAGGGUCUUGCCAAAGAGAACAGGGCAAUCGUGCACACGCUCAGCCAGCGCAUGGGCUUGCUGCAUCGAUCUCACGGCCAGGGAGAGGGACGUCAGCUUGUUGUACAGAAGCGACCUGGCAGCGCCGUGGCCAACAAUGGCGGCGCGCACACCAACCGUCGCCGUCACACUACCCAGGGCAGCGAGAUUGCCCCACCUCACCACCGGAACUCUCAGCAUGAUGACGCCCAGUAUAGCGGACAGUACCAGCAUAACUACCAGCAAGCACCGGCACGUGGUGGUAGACACCCGAGACAACGUCAGCGCGAUAGCAGGAGAAACCAGUACACCGAUGGACCACCCCCACCAAGGAGAAGACAUGCGCCAUACUGAUACCAUUGAUUUCUUUUUCUUUCUUUUUGUUUUGUACACAGACUUGAAAGUGUACCGGUAUACAACGGUAUUUGAGUUGAAAUCGCUUGAUUCAGUGCUCAGUCCCGCUCCAUAACAUUAUCCUUUCAUCCAACAAGCACACUGUCUUGUCAUUCAGCAUUAUAAUCAUGGGAAAUCUUCCAUGUGCAACCAUUCAUGAAAAAAUAUA